CAUUAUUUGUCGCAUCCUCGAGCUUGCUGGACAUUCCUUUCCUUCAAUUCAUACCAUGCGGAACCUGGACGUGUGCAGGAAGAUAUAUUCACGAACAAGGUCAUCCGAACAAAAUGAUGCCCCAGUUUUGUUAGCAGCGCUGCAAAACGCACUUCACUUCACGUUCGCUGCUGCCGACGUAUCCCGUGACCCUGCCCAGUUGUGGUAUUGCGGCUCGUUUUUGCAAGGCGGUUCCUACUCACCAGGAGAUAUUGACUGGGUGGUGGACUACUUUGACUUCAUCCAUUCCAACGACCACGAAGCGGCAUAUGACAUCCUAUUGCUACUGGGUAGCAUAGGAGUGCGCUGCAGCCCCGCCAAACAACAUCUGUUCAUCGAGAGGCUCAUCGCCUGCAUGGACAGUAACAUGCCUCUCCACUUACGCCAUGUCGCUCUUCGCGCUGCUCAUAGUGGUCGAGAAGAAAUUACCUCGAUCGAUGCCAUUGAUGAUGCAAGGCUACAGGACAUGGUUUUGACCCAGCUCUCCCCCGCUAUUCUGUCCGUAGUUUGUCCGCACCCAGAUACAACGCCGGUUGAUGAAAAUUCCGACCGCUUUUUCGAUUAUUCCCGCGACUUGUACUAUCUCGAACUGGUCUGUGCCCUCGCGAAGAACUCCAAAUGGCAUCCCCAUUUGUCUGGGGAUCACCAUAUAGAUCGGUGCAUUAGCAUGAUUCCUUGGUACUGCCAAUCCGAAUACACCACCCAGCAUGCCUUUUACAUAUCUGGUAUCCUCCUCCAAAUCACACCUGAGCAGGCAUCGGAUACAUCACUUGAUUCUUUUACAGAGCAGCAGUGGUGGGACGUGAUGAGAUGCGCGUGGAACGAUCCUCCCUAUGACACUGGCAACACACGCUAUUUCGAGCUCCUUGUUCUUGUGGAUGGCACAAAGAAGUAUAUGCAGAAUGCUUCGAAAUCUGAUCUCGACCAGCUUGUUGGAAGUUUGGAUCGUGUUCUCGAAAGACUGGAGAGGGAUAUGGAAUGGAAGAGGCAACUACGGGAAUUGCAUGUGGAGACGGGACCAGAGACGCAGAGUUUAGAGCAGGCAGAGGGAACUGCUAUUGCUGCGAAGGAGUUGAGGACUGCGGCAAGCAACAUGCUAGAGAGCUUUGGUCAACAAUUAUCAGUAGCUAGCUAAUUAUUAUGACGCACAGUGUAUUAGGAGUCCUGGAAUCAGAGGAAGUCGUGUGACAGUGCAUGUACGGAAGCGCGAAGUAUCAAGACCUCAACAAAAUCGAUACUAAUCAUUAAUUA